UUUUGACAUUUCUCGUUGUCAUUCAUAACAAAUCCCGAUUUUCCAUUCUAACGCAUCGAAAACCAAAAUAUAGUGAAUUUUUCUUGUAAAAAUGGCUUGUAAAAUGCUUUUCAAACCAUCGACUCGUAUCGUACAGCAGCUAGGAGUCUGUGGCAUUAAGACCCAAGUGCUAGCUACCCCGUUCACAACUAUCAAGGAUGAAAUAACCCAUACAGGACAGUUCUAUGACGAGAAGGACUAUCGCAACGCUCGUUUCGUGAAUGCCACCAAAGUAGUCAAUGCGAACUGGGCUAUCAAGUUGGUCGACGAAACCCCUAUCAUUGAAUCCACCCAGCGCGUUGUGUACUGUGAUGGUGGCACUGUGGCGGCACUGGGACACCCGAAAGUGUACAUCAAUUUGGAUAAACCAGGAGCUCAUGCUUGCGGUUAUUGUGGUCAACGAUUCCAGAAGAAGGAUCAUCACCACUAGGAAAAAAAAUUCACAGUAAUGUUUGGUAUACUACAUACGACCUUGAUUAUUGUUUAAAAUAAAUGCGUUAGAACACAA